AUGCCAUCGGCAAGUCUACUUAAAGUCUUGCAGCUGACGAAUGGUACUUCAUCCUCGUCGACGUCGUCCAAGUCUGACUCUUCCUCUGACUCUGACUCCUCGUCGGCAUCAGAAGAAGAGCAAUGGCAAGGAGUACCGAACCCGUCUUUAGGCGUUGCACCUGAAGUUGAUACUGAGUACGAGUACGUGCCCAACCCGGCCCUCAACAUUGCCCCCCCCUCGCCUGUAGGUGGCGUCGUGGACAGUCCAGAGGAGGUUGCAGGAUCCAAUGGGAGCGCAAGUGUGGCAUCUUGGAAUGAGGGUGUGCUGGGUGCCGGCAGCGCAGGAGAGCAGGACAACGGGCAGACUCUGGAACGUCCACUGAAAAUCCAGAGGUGCAGCUUGUGUCAUGACUUUGAUGAUUUGUUGGAGACGUAUCUUGAAGCGGCGGACGAGUUGGAGAAAACACAGCAGAAAGUGCUGGAGUUGCAGGCCAUUUUAGCAUCGCAGCAGAACCGUACAGGAUAG